AUGUCAUCUUCAGCAUCAUCGUUUCGAGAGAAAGAGAAAGAAAUUGGUCUUGGAGAACCUCAAGCAGCAGCGGAGAACCCUACAGAAUAUGAACCGAUAAGAACGGAACCCAGCGCACAUGAUGCAGAGGUGGACCCUAAGAGGCGGCAAAGUUUAACCCGGCUUGAGAGCAACACCAGCGCAGUAUCGGAUUUCAGCGAUAGCGAGACAAGUACGAAGGCCUCGAUAAGAAAGAAGAAGUUUUACAAGAGGCUCAAUCCGCUGAAAUGGGGACCUAAGCCAUCAAUUCCGAAAGAGCGGGAAGUUUGCCCAGAGUACAAUGCAAAUGCACUCAGUCGAAUCACGUUCCAGUGGAUGCAGCCCCUGAUGGCUACAGGCUACAAGCGACCGCUCGAGAAGACCGACAUUUGGGCCGUGAACCCUGACAGGAGUGCGGAAGUGCUGAUUGAGCGCUUAAAUGCAGCUUUCGAGAAGCGAUUGAUGGAGGGUGGCGACAAGCCACUGUUGAUGGCCAUGUUUGACACGUUCAAACGCGAGUUCAUUAUUGGAGGUCUCUGUCAACUUUCAGCGUCCGUCAUUCAGGCCGUGGCACCAUUCGUGCUGCGAUACUUGAUCAAUUUUGCCGUCAGAGCUUACGUCGCUCAGCGUUCCAACGCGCCGGCACCAAACAUUGGCGAAGGUAUUGGACUCGUUAUUGGCAUCACAGCAAUGCAGGCCCUGCAAAGUCUGUUUACCAACCAGUUCAUGUACCGCGGAAUGAUGGUCGGUGGACAAGCUCGUGCUGUAUUGAUCACAGCUAUUUUCGACAAGGCGAUGAAGCUGUCGGGCAGAGCAAAGGCAGGUGGCCAAGCGGUCCUGGAAGCACCACCUUUAGGUGUCAAACCUGGAAGUGAAGAAGAGAGGAAAUGGUACCAGAAGAUCCUCAAGAAGAAGCAAAAGAAGGCAAAGACAGGAGCUGAAGGUGUCGCUGGAGGUGGCGAAGGCUGGGGCAAUGGUCGAAUCGUCAACUUGAUGUCCACUGACACAUAUCGUGUCGACCAGGCCAGUGGUUUCUUCCAUAUGAUCUGGACUGCACCAAUCGGUAUCUUGGUCACAACAGCUCUCCUCCUGGUUAAUUUGACAUACAGUGCUCUUCCCGGUCUUGGACUGAUCCUGAUCGCCAUGCCAUUGCUCGCUCGAUCUGUCAAGUCUCUGUUCCAUCGCCGUGUCGCUAUCAACAAGGUCACCGAUCAGCGUGUUAGUCUGACGCAAGAAAUUCUGCAGGCGGUGCGGUUUGUCAAGUUCUUCGGUUGGGAGACCAGUUUCCUCAAGCGUAUCCAAGAAAUCAGGAAGCAGGAGAUCCGCGGAAUCCAGGUUUUGCUCACCAUCCGAAACGCCGUCCUCGCCGUCGGGAUGUCCAUGCCUGUCUUCGCCUCUAUGCUGUCAUUCAUCACUUUCUCCCAAGUUAAUCCUUCCUUGGACCCAGCGAAGAUCUUCUCUUCAUUGGCAUUGUUUAACUCGAUGCGUAUCCCAUUGAACUUCUUGCCUCUUGUCAUUGGCCAAGUCAUCGACGCAAACGCAUCAGUCAAGCGUAUUCAGGAGUUCUUGAUGGCGGAAGAGGCCGAGGACAGCGCCAAGUGGGACUACAACGCCAAAGACGCUGUUGUACUUUCGAACGCAGACUUCACCUGGGAACGUCACCCCACUAGCGAUGAAGUUAAGGACGGACCAAGCGGAAAGAAGAUUGGUAAAGAGACCAAGGCUGAGACGAAGUCUAGGGUUCAGACAGAAAAGGACGAACACGCCGCAGACUUAGAGAGGAAGAAGAAUGCAGCAGAAGAGAAGCCCUUCGAGAUGAAGGGCCUGAACCUCAGCUUUGGCAGAAACGAGCUCGUUGCUAUCAUUGGAAGCGUCGGCUCUGGAAAAAGUUCCCUCCUUGCUGCGCUCGCUGGUGACAUGCGCAAGACCAGUGGCGAAGUUGUAAUGGGUGCUUCCCGUGCAUUCUGCCCGCAGUACGCAUGGAUCCAGAAUGCUACGGUACGCGAGAACAUUGUCUUCGGAAAGGAGUUCAAGCAGAAGUGGUACGACCAAGUCAUCGAUGCGUGCGCCCUCAGGCCGGAUCUUGAAAUGCUUCCUGUUGGAGACGCAACUGAGAUUGGAGAGCGUGGUAUCACGGUGUCUGGAGGCCAGAAGCAGCGAAUGAACAUUGCACGGGCAAUCUACUUCAAUGCUGAUAUUGUGUUGAUGGAUGAUCCGCUCAGCGCCGUUGAUGCGCAUGUCGGUCGCCACAUCAUGGACAAUGCUAUCUGUGGGCUGCUCAAGGAUAAGUGCCGUAUCUUGGCUACCCAUCAACUUCACGUUCUCAACCGUUGCGACAGGAUUAUCUGGGUCGAAGAGGGUCAUGUACAGGCGGUUGAUACAUUCGACAAUCUGUUAGCUCACAACGAAGGCUUUCAGCAGCUCAUGACCAUGACCGCCUCAGAAGAGAAGCAUGAAGAGGAAGAAGAAGAGCUCGAGGACGAAGUUGAAGACGAGAAGAAGAUUGCUAAGAAGCAGAAGAAGCAGAAGAAGGCCGCAGCUCUCAUGCAAGUUGAAGAGCGCGCCACCAAGAACGUAUCUUGGGACGUCUGGAUUCAGUACAUCAAGGCUGGAGGCGGCAUCUGGGUUGGGCCACUUGUCUUCAUCUUGCUCGUCCUCUCGCAGGGUGCCAACAUCGUCACUAGCUUGUGGCUCUCGUACUGGACCUCUGACAAGUUCGGCUACAGCGAAGGUGCAUACAUUGGUGCCUAUGCUGCAUUUGGCUUCAGUCAAGCUCUUCUCAUGUUCCUGUUCUCGUGGGCUGUGUCCGUGUUCGGUACUGAAGCUGGCAAGAAGAUGCUGCACAUGGCUAUCACUCGAGUGCUCCGCGCACCGAUGUCUUUCUUCGACACGACACCUCUUGGACGCAUUACCAACCGCUUUUCGAAGGAUAUCGAUGUCAUGGACAACACCCUCACCGAUGCGAUUCGUAUGUACUUCUUGACACUUGCGAUGAUCAUCUCAGUGUUCAUCCUAAUCAUCGCCUACUAUUACUAUUACGCCAUCGCACUUGGACCGCUGUUCAUCUUUUUCAUGUUCUCGGCCGCCUUCUACAGGUCCUCGGCUCGUGAGGUAAAGCGCCACGAGGCUGUGCUACGCAGUACUGUGUUCGCACGCUUCGGUGAGGCUGUCAUGGGUACACCCACUAUCCGAGCCUAUGGCUUGCAAAAUCAAUUCUCCCGCACCGUACGGGAGGCCAUCGACGACAUGAACAGCGCCUACUACCUUACUUUCGCCAACCAGCGCUGGCUCAGCACUCGUCUCGAUGUAGUCGGUAUUCUGCUCGUCUUCACCACUGGUAUCCUUGUCGUCACGUCUCGAUUCAAUGUCAACCCCAGCAUCGCUGGUCUGGUCCUAUCGUACAUCCUCACUAUCGUCCAGAUGAUUCAGUUCACGGUCCGUCAACUGGCUGAGGUAGAGAAUAACAUGAAUUCCACCGAGCGCAUCUACCACUACGGCACACAGCUUGAAGAGGAAGCUCCCCUCCACACCGACGUCCAAGUCCGACCCACUUGGCCCGAGCUUGGUGAGAUCAUCUUCGACAAUGUUGAGAUGCGCUACCGUGCUGGCCUGCCUUUGGUGUUGAAGGGUCUGAGCAUGCACGUUCGUGCUGGUGAACGCAUUGGUGUCGUUGGACGUACGGGAGCGGGUAAGAGUUCGAUCAUGUCUGCUCUCUUCCGUCUGCAGGAGCUGGCCGCCGGUUCGAUCACCAUCGAUGGUAUGGACAUCAGUAAGAUUGGUCUGCAGGAUCUGCGAUCGAACCUGGCCAUCAUCCCACAAGAUCCCACCCUCUUCAAGGGAACUAUUCGAAGCAAUCUUGACCCAUUUCACAAGAAGACGGAUCUGGAGUUGUGGUCUGCCCUGCGCCAAGCCGAUCUGGUGUCAAACGACACAGAAAUGGGCGACAAGACUGGACGUAUUCAUCUCGAUACUGUUGUAGAGGAAGAAGGACUCAACUUCUCUCUGGGACAGCGUCAACUGCUUGCCCUGGCUCGCGCACUUGUUCGUGGUUCGCAGAUUAUUGUCUGCGACGAGGCAACCUCAAGCGUCGACUUCGAGACCGAUCAGAAGAUCCAGCAGACGAUCGUACAGGGCUUUGCAGGAAAGACACUGCUCUGCAUUGCGCAUCGUCUCAAAACCAUCAUCAGCUACGAUCGCAUCUGCGUCAUGGACCAGGGUCAGAUUGCCGAGCUCGAUACGCCCAUCAACCUAUAUGAUCAGGGUGGUAUCUUCAAGGGCAUGUGCGAGCGCAGUGGGAUCCGGAGAGAGGACUUCUUUGGGAAGAACCAAGAACCAGGCGUGCGAUAG